GCGGGGGUAAGGGUGAAGAGGGGGGUAUCCUCGCGGCUGAUGGCGGAGGCAGCCCAAGCGUCGCAGGCCCGGGCUCAGCCGCCCUAUCCGUCCCCAUGCCAGGCCCAACUCCAGGCCGCGGCCUCACCUUCUCCCGCCGCCCCGAGCCCCGCCGAUCCGGCCCGUCCCGGUGCCAGCAGCAGCCAGCAGCGCUCGGUGCAGCGGAAGGCCCAGGUCCGCGCUUUCCCCCGGGCCAAGAAGCUGGAGAAACUCGGCGUCUUCUCAGCCUGUAAGGCGAAUGAUACCUGCAAAUGUAAUGGCUGGAAAAAUCCAAAUCCUCCUACAGCUCCAAGAAUGGAUAUUCAGCAACCAGCUGCCAGUCUGUGUGAACCUUGUCGUAGUUGUGGGCACACAUUGGCGGACCAUGUUUCUCACUUGGAUAAUGUCUCAGAAGAUGAGAUUAACAGACUUCUUGGGAUGGUGGUGGAUGUGGAGAAUCUCUUUAUGUCAGUUCACAAAGAGGAGGACACGGAUACAAAACAAGUCUAUUUCUAUCUUUUCAAGCUUUUACGGAAAUGUAUUUUGCAAAUGGCCCGUCCUGUAGUGGAAGGAAAAUUGGGAAGCCCUCCAUUUGAAAAACCAAGCAUUGAACAGGGAAUUUUUAAUUUUGUUCAGUACAAAUUCAGCCACAUUCCUGCCAAAGAAAAGCAAACAAUGUAUGAACUUUCCAAAAUGUUUCUGCUCUGUUUGAACUACUGGAAACUAGAAACUCCAUCUCAGUUCCGGCAGAGGUCACAGAACGAGGAUGUUGAUGCAUACAAAGUUAAUUAUACCAGAUGGCUCUGCUACUGUCAUGUCCCUCAAAGCUGUGACAGUCUUCCUCGAUAUGAAACUACACAGGUCUUUGGGAGGACACUGCUGAGGUCCAUCUUCACAGUCACACGACGGCAGUUGCUUGAGAAGUUCAGGGUGGAGAAAGACAAGCUGAUGCCAGAAAAACGAACACUUAUCCUCACCCACUUCCCAAAAUUCUUGUCAAUGUUGGAAGAAGAAAUUUAUGGCCAGAGUUCUCCAAUCUGGGAUUCUGAUUUCACUUUGUCUACUGCAGAAGGAGUACAACUGGGGCAACAGACAGCUGUUAGUCCAUCCCCAGUGCCUAGUAUCCCUACAUCAAGCAGAAACAUCAAUUGUAGCUCAAGUCCAGCAUCCAUUAGUGUUGAAAUGGGGGUUUCUGAGCCAGAGCCAGGUGAAAAAAGGAAAAUGUCUGACACCAUGACACUCGAAGAUGCAAAGAGGAUGCGUGUGAUGGGUGACAUUCCUAUGGAGCUGGUUAAUGAAGUAAUGUUGACUAUCACAGACCCAGCAGCUAUGUUGGGCCCAGAGACAAAUUUGUUGUCUGCAAAUGCAGCUCGUGAUGAAGCUGCACGUCUGGAGGAGCGGCGAGGUGUCAUUGAAUUUCAUGUCAUAGGAAACUCACUUUCUCAGAGGUCAAAUAAGAAAAUAAUGAUGUGGUUGGUUGGCUUACAAAAUGUUUUCUCACAUCAGUUGCCACGUAUGCCAAAAGAAUACAUCACAAGGCUUGUCUUUGACCCAAAGCACAAGACCUUGGCCCUGAUCAAAGAUGGUCGCGUCAUUGGAGGAAUAUGCUUUAGAAUGUUUCCCACUCAAGGAUUCACAGAAAUUGUAUUUUGUGCUGUCACAUCCAACGAGCAGGUGAAGGGUUAUGGGACACAUUUGAUGAAUCACCUGAAGGAAUAUCACAUUAAGCACAACAUUCUGCAUUUCCUGACAUAUGCUGACGAAUAUGCCAUUGGCUACUUCAAAAAGCAGGGAUUUUCAAAGGAUAUAAAGGUUCCCAAAACCCGAUAUGUGGGUUACAUCAAGGACUAUGAAGGAGCAACAUUAAUGGAAUGUGAACUUAAUCCCAAAAUCCCUUACACUGAAUUGUCUCACAUUAUAAAGAAGCAGAAAGAGAUCAUAAAGAAAUUGAUUGAGAGAAAGCAAGCUCAGAUUCGGAAGGUUUACCCUGGCCUCACCUGCUUCAAGGAAGGAGUUCGGCAGAUACCCAUAGAGAGUAUACCUGGAAUUCAGGAAACUGGAUGGAAACCUAGUGGCAAGGAGAAAGGGAAGGAACUGAAGGAUCCGGAUCAGUUGCACAACUCUUUGAAAAAUUUACUGGCACAAAUAAAGAGUCACCCUAGCGCUUGGCCUUUCAUGGAACCAGUAAAAAAGUCUGAGGCUCCAGAUUACUACGAAAUUAUCCGUUUUCCAAUUGAUUUGAAAAGUAUGAGUGACCGGCUAAAGAAUCGUUAUUAUGUUUCCAAGAAAUUAUUUAUAGCUGAUGUCCAACGUAUCAUUACAAAUUGCCGUGAGUAUAACCCUCCUGAGAGUGAGUACUGCAAAUGUGCCAACAUGUUGGAGAAGUUUUUCUACUUCAAGAUUAAAGAAAUGGGUCUUUUGGACAAAUGAAAACACUCCCAAAAGGAAUAUAUCUGAAAGCCAGGCAUUCAGAUCCGGCAGACCAUGAGCACAGCAGAAUGAAUAAACUACUCUUGAACUGCAAUUCUGUCGGAUCAAUAUUUCAAAAAAGUGGCAUUACUGAAAUUUGUUUAAAGUCAUUAUGGUAUCCUGUAAUUGCAUGGGCUGGUUAUUGGUAGCCAUAAUGAAUAAUUAUGUUUUCAAGCAUCCAGUCUGUUCCAGUGUUUAACUGUUGAAGUACCCAUCUCACUGCAUGCAGUUUCUGCUGUCAAAAAUGUACACAAAUAACUGACAUUGGAUGCUCCAUUUGGAUAUCUAGUGCUCUCUAAUAUUCUCACAUCAGCAAAGAUGAUGCGCAUCACAAAAAUAAUCACUAAGCAUUUAUGUUGCUUAUUGAAAUUGAUGAUGGAACCGACACAAAGUCAAUCAUUUCAGCAGAAUGCAUACUACUGUGAGCUUCUCACGUUUCACUCUGUGGAGUCUGUGACUUCAGCGUUAUCUGUCAGUGAAUGAUAGGGCAUGUUGUGAUAAUGCCUGACUACCUUCCAAUUUUGUAAUUUUUUUUUAAACUGAGUUGCAUUUUGUACGUUUGCUGUAGCAUUUUGCUGAUGUAAAUAAAUUCAGU